AUGUCCGAACUAUUCAAGCCUCUCCAUAUCGGCCAUGUUGAGUUACAACACAGGGUUGUCAUGGCCCCUCUCACUCGCCUGCGCGCCGAUGCCGAACACGUGCCUCUUCCAAUGGCCACCACAUACUACGAACAACGAGCUUCUGUCCCUGGAACGAUGAUCAUAGCUGAAGCAACCCAGAUCUCGGCAUCUGAGGGUGGACUUCCCCACGGCCCAGGGAUUUGGAGUGAAGCACAAAUUCAAGGAUGGCAGAAGAUCACCGACGCCGUACACGCUAAAGGAAGCUACAUGUUCUGCCAAUUGAUUGCCCUCGGCCGGGCCGCCGACCCACAUCAAUUACAGAAGGAGGGAGGAUACGAGCUUCUCGCGCCCAGUCCCAUUCGGAUGGAAGACGGGAUGCCAACUCCCAAGGAGCUUGAGGAGGAGCAGAUCCAGAGCAUCAUCAUGAACUUCGCGAUUGCCGCGAAAAACGCAAUUCGUGCUGGGUUCGACGGUAUUGAGGUUCAUGGCGCUAAUGGCUACUUGGUUGAUCAGUUCCUGCAAGAUGUGUCAAACACAAGACAUGAUCGAUGGGGUGGCAGUAUCUCGAACCGUGCCCGUUUUGGCCUAGAGGUAGUCAGGGCGCUAGUGGACGCAGUCGGUCCUGAGAAAGUUGGGUUCCGUCUCAGUCCUUGGAAUACCUGGCAAGGCAUGAAGAUGGACAAUCCAGUCCCCCAGUUCACAUACUUUGUGGAGCAGUUAAAGAACUUCAAAAUUGCCUAUCUCCAUGUUGUUGAGUCUCGCGUGAUCAACAAUGUGGACUGUGAAAACACAGAGGGGAUCAGCUUCCUCCUCGAUAUCUGGGGCAGAACGUCACCUGUACUUGUUGCAGGUGGAUACAAUCCAGACAAUGUUCAAGUCAUCGAGGAAGACUACAAAGACAAUGAUGUUGCUGUUGUGUUUGGUCGGCAUUUCCUUGCGAACCCUGACUUGCCAUUCCGACUUCAACAUCGGCUUCCUCUUAACCGGUAUGACCGGUCUAGCUUCUACACGGCCACGGAAGAACUUGGUUAUACAGAUUACCCAUUUAGUGCUGAAUUUACCAAGAGACAAAUCAGAGAUAGCGAAAAUAUUUGA